UCGUGACACACACGAUCCACUCGGCCUGUUGUCCCUUGAGCCGCGAGUAGCACGGUCCCCUAUAGCCAGCCCGGGAGCGUAGAGCCUGCACAACUACGUUGCAGACUGUGCGGCGUGUUGGGCCUCCUGCUGUCGUCUGGUGUCGCGCGUCAGGGAGUGGGACACACUGGCGCAGGGCCAGUAGGAUCCACCGAUAUAAAGAUCCGCGGUCACGCGGACCGGGAGGUUACUCGUUUCUUCAUCGUCGUCCAAGUGCAGCGGGACACAGUGAGUGGUACAGCGCGGCCGCGAGCUGCCUUCGCGUGUUAUGGCCACGUCUCGGUGAUACCAGUUCCGUAAUCGACCCUUGCGUCCGUUCGACCAAUUAUCCGAGAGGACUAAAACGCGCGUGUGUGAUUUGCUCGUAGAUGAGCGCCGAGUAGCACGCGUCUGAACACAGGGAGAUACUUGGCACGGUGGAUCGGAGCUUAGAAGAACAUCAUGAUGCAAAAAAGCGUACGGAAGCUCCUUCUAGUAGCAGCGCUGAUAGCCUGCCUAUCAAUCGUGGCAUCAUCAUCGAAGAGGGAAAGGCGGCACGUCGGCGUGGAAGAGGCCAGUCAUCGAGCAGACAGAACGCACACGUCGGUCAACCGCAGUUCCAAGUCAUCGACCAGAGACAACGAGAUAACUACGGAAGCCGGAAGGAAAGUGUCGCACAAACUGAUUGGAGGCCACUUGCGAGCGAACGCGAAGCAAGAAACAUUCUGGGACGAUGGGAUUCUCGUAUCGUCAGCUGGAAACGGCAGAGAGACCAAGACUAAUCGCAAAGACGAGGAUGACGAGAAGAAAACGCUCUCGCAACAAGUGAAAGAAGGAAAGUACGGCCUGAUCCAGAACGAGAUCUACGAGAAGAAACCCAAACGACCAGGCAUAAUCAGUUACCUAGGCAACCCGGAGGUACCAAAGGACACUAUCGAGAAUUUAGGAGGCCUCGACGAGGACGAGAUCUGGUUAGCCGAGAACCACGUUCUAGUACUGAGAGGCGGGAAAUUUCCUGGCCACGAGACGACGCAAGGUAGCGGCGACAGCUCGCAGACCUGGCCACCCAUCGACGAUUACAAGGCCCCCAGGAGACAGGUCAAGAUACCGGCCAAGCCAAAGAUACCGCCGCCCUUUCCGGUACAACUCACGGAGGGGGGCCCGAUACAGAUCAUCGGGCCGAAUGGCACCAAAGACAUCGGCAAUGGGACCGUGGACUACAGGAAGGACCCGUUAUUUACCAAGGGGCUACUAUCGGAGGACGGUCCACUCUACGCAGUUAUAGCCAACGGGAGCAUCAUGAUGUCCGACGCGAAGAACUCUAAGAACGUAUCUACCGAGGAAGACAAUUCGAACGUGAAAGAUAAGGACGAGAAAUCUAAUCCUACACCGCCAGCCAGUUUGCCACCUUUCUAUCACGCGAUACCACCUGGAGCUGUCUUUGUCCCGCCACCGAGCAACCAAUCGGACUACGACGAGGAGGAUCAGUCUAUUUAUUAUCCACCCCCGUACAGUUUCCAGUAUCAGCAAGACAACGCGACAGCAGUGCCACCAGGUCCACUGGUGCCGGGGAUCAUCCUCCCACCCCCGCCAGACUUCUUCUCUGCUCUUGAAGACAAGAAGACUAUGACGAAGAAGUAUACCAAGCGACCAGAGACCACUUCCGUGUCAAGACCCAGGCCCACCUACUUGCCACCUAGGAAACUCACUACGAAGCAACAGAAGAACACCACGAUGGUGCCAAUCACGAAACCCAGAUCAAACGUAUCGGGAGUCACCAAGGUAUACGGUAGAAUAAUGCACAGAAACCUGACAGAGACCACUACCAGGCCUAACACAAAGGCAAUUCCGUAUAUCGAGAUUACGACAGCCUCGCCGGACAAGACGACCACGCUUGAUAACCCAGAAUUCUAUAAUAUUCCCCUGGUGGGGAACCAAGUAGUCAGUCAAGAUAAUUCACAGGAGAAGAAUCAAGCUUGGUCAGGCAUAGUAACUAGUAAAACGAUUCCUAUAGUGGCCUACUAUGCCACCUCGACGCAGUCCACCUUGGAGAGGCCAGUGGAAGUGACGCCGGCCUCGAUAAAGAGUAUCGUUACUACCAGCAACCCGGAACGAUCACCCAGUCAGGCCUCUUAUUACUUCUACGAGGAAUCCAACGAACCCUAUCGCACCACUCCAAGUCAGAUUUAUUAUAAAACUACCACGGAGGCACCUUUAUACGAAACCGUGACACAGCCACGGAACGAAGGGAAGAAAAAGCAGUAUUACAGCGUGGAGACUGUUCCAUCGCGAGAAACGUCGAAGGACUACAGUAUUAAGUUCAUCGGUUCACCGGUGAAAAAUUCUGGACCUAUCCGCUACAGCGACUCGACGGUCACGCAAAGUUCAACGAGGUAUGAGAGCGGAUCGACGAGGACUCAAGGUCAACGUAUGUUACCCGAUCACGCACCUCUUUACUAUCAGACCAUAUCAGCCCGACCAGCCGUCCCGGUGCAGGCCUACUACACCACCUCAAAGCCGCAGAACUACUACAGGCAAGAGGCGAAACCGAAGCCGAUUUAUCAGUACAGCUUCGAAGCCGCGGAUUAUUCGAAGCGUGGAGAACAGAGACAACGGUACGAGGAAAGACAGCAAGCAAACGCGUUCAACGAGUACGAAGAGGUCAAGAUUAAUGGCAACUAUAACGGACACCGAUACGAUUACGAGAACGAGUCGGUACCCCAAAAGAGGGUGAAACCCCAAGUGUACAAGACUCAGCAACCGAUUUAUCCGUCAACCACAGACUCGGUGAUAAGUACCACCCCGAAUCCUCAACUCUACUAUACUCAGCAGGAUGAGAAGUUCCUCGACGACGUAACGAAAGAGUAUUUCACGAUCUUCGGUAAGAAGUUGCCGCAUAAGGGUAUACCCAGUACUACUCCCAUAUACUCCAAGUUGAACAGCGUCACUGAGAGGCCUGAUUACGAUAACGUGGACACCUACGUGGAAGAUUUCGAUACUCCUGAACCGCCCGUGUACAAGACACCUAACGUUAAGGUGCACUAUGGGGAUCAAUCUCAGAGACCAUAUUCCCUCAAGGAUGACAUUCUCGUCAACUACAGACAGCCUCUUCCACCCAUCAAUCCGGACAGUGAGUUCAUUGCGGUUGCUGACCCCAACCAGCAACGACCCAGCUAUAGAAUACCCAACAGGGACGAACAACCUCUGGCACCGAUCCGUGCCUACCCGCCGCAACCACUGGUGAACCCAAGAAACGGAUCCCCCACGAACUACGUACCAGUUGUGGAGUCUCCGGAAGAACUGGACGAGUAUCCGCAGCUACCUAUAUCGUUAGAGGACGAUAUCAAAGUGAACUAUCGCGACCCACGACCUACCAUAAAUCCUGACGCCGAAUUCAUAGAUCCCAUUCCCGUACAGGAGAAUCAACCGGAAAAGCCAAAGGCCUAUUUCGCGUACCGAUUGCCGGGCGAUGGCGGCCAUUUUUACUUCCUAACGCCGCAGGCAAUCACGCAGAGACCAGAACAAAAUGCCGGUCACCUCUACUCGAAGUCGAGGGGAACUAGACUGCUGAGACGUCGACGGAGACCUGGCAACGUGUGAUACGUGUACGCGCAGAGGCAGCCGCGCAAUGCCAUACUAUAAUCAUCGAGGACGCACGAUGGAAACGCGUGUCAUAUGUCGCGAUAGUCAACGACGAAACGUUGUGUACCAUUACUAGGAUAUUUAUUGUACGUGUAAAUAUAUAUACGUGUAUCUUGUAUGCGUAAUGUACGAUUAAGGUAGAUCAUUAUCGUUUGCGAUAUAUAAAAUGCUUAAUUUAUGCGACCUAACCAUCAUUCACUUCCUCCCCCCCGCUUUAGAUUGAUACAGAUGAGAUGUGUGUGUAACGUCGCUCGCGUGCGACGAUAGGUAUGCGCGGGUCUUUUAAGAGACCACGUGUACUCGCGCGUUGUCUGUGAUUAACGAUAGUAAACGCGUACCGUGUACAUAUAGUUAUGAUUGACGAUAUAUAUGUUCUAUUGUAGAACGCUGAAUGCAUUUUCAUAACCCGAAAUAUGUUAUACACGACAUGCAUGGAAUAAAUAUUGUUUACAAAAACGAAGCCUCCCUCAUUGUGAGCAAAGUAUCGAUAAAACCAUGAUAUUAGUAUGAAGAUUGGGGCAAUCUCAUAGACAGUAUUUCCAAUUCUAUUACGAUAUUGAUAUUCGUUAAGCUAUUCCUUGUACGAUGCUCUGAGAGUUUUCAAUCGUUCAAAAGAUUUAUUGUAAAUAUAUAUGUAAUGAAUCUGAGUGACGUUGCCUAAUGGAUGACAUUAGUUAGGGUUCAACUAGAUUGUAAAAAAUCUUUUUAGAUAAUACGCGACUUUUGAUGUAGUGGUAAACGAUCUUUAAGAAAUCGAUUGUUUAAAGUUAAAAAUAAAAUGAAUAUUUAAAACAAGAAGAUUCGAGAUUGAACUCUGUCAGUCUUCCGCUAAAAGCCAUGAUAGAAAUAAAUCACACGAGCACUAUUUUCAAUCGUUGUUCGCGAACACAGGUAUUAAAUAUAAACGGCUAUAAAACAUCUAGCUACUUAAUAAAAAUAAAUGAUGCAAGG